UCGAAUUCCACUUCCACCACCAUCUCACCACCCAUUUCCCCUACCAACAAUGUCUUUCGGGUUAGCAAUCGCCGCCGUCGCCGCCAUCUUCGCCGCCUACAAGCUCUACCGGCGCCUCCGCUUCAAGCUGCCGCCGGGGCCGCGGCCGCUGCCGGUGGUCGGAAACCUCUACGACCUGAAGCCGGUCCUGGUCCGUUGCUUCACAGAAUGGUCAAAAAUCUACGGCCCGAUUUUCUCAGUGUACUUCGGGUCCCACCUGAGCGUGGUGGUGAACUCGCCGGAGCUGGCGAAGGAGGUCCUGAAGGAGAAGGAUCAGCAGCUGGCCAAUCGGAACCGGACACGUCAGAUCGCGAAGUUCAGUAAGAACGGCAUGGAUUUGAUCUGGGCGGACUACGGACCGCACUAUGUUAAGGUAAGAAAAGUUUGCACGUUGGAGCUCUUCUCGAUGAAGAGGCUGGAAGGGCUUCGACCAAUCAGGGAAGAUGAAGUUACCGCCAUGGUUGAGUCUAUUUACAACGACGCCAUUAAACCUGAAAACAAAGGGAAGGCUUUAGUGUUGCGAGAAUACUUGGGGAUGAUGGCGUUCCUUCACAUAACACGGUUAACAUUCGGGAAGAGGUUCAUGGACAACAACGGUGUCAUCGACGAACAAGGCCGAGAGUUGAAGGCGAUCCUAAACAAUGGGAUUAAGUUGGGCACCAAGAAAUCGUUCGCCGAGUUCCUUCCGUGGUUGAGUUUUUUGUUCAAGGCGGACUACGACGCCUUAGCCGAGCACGAUGCUCGCGCUGAUAACUUCACCAAGAAAAUCAUGGAAGAACACACGAUUGCGCGCAAGAAGACGGGGAAUACCAAGAACCAUUUUGUCGACGCGUUGUUGACCCUUCAAAAGCAAUACGACCUUAGCGAAGACACCGUCAUUGGCCUCCUCUGGGAUAUGAUCUCGGCGGGAAUGGAUACGACGACGAUCACGGUGGAGUGGGCGAUGGCAGAGCUCGUGAGAAACCCGCGCGUGCAACAAAAGGCGCAAGACGAGCUCGACCGCGUCGUCGGGACCGACCGGGUGAUGACCGAGGCCGACAUCCCGAACCUCCCGUACUUACAAUCCGUGACGAAGGAAUGCUUCCGGAUGCACCCGCCGACGCCGCUAAUGCUCCCGCACAAGGCGAACGCCGACGUAAAAAUCGGGGGAUACCACGUCCCGAAAGGCGCGACAGUGAGCGUCAAUGUCUGGGCCCUGGCCCGCGACCCGGCCGUUUGGAAAAGCCCGCUCGAGUUCAGGCCCGAACGGUUCCUCGAGGAGGACGUGGACAUGAAGGGGACCGACUACCGGCUGCUACCGUUCGGGUCGGGCAGGCGGAUCUGCCCAGGCGCGCAGCUUGCGAUUUUUUUGGUCACGUCGAUGGUCGGGCAUAUGUUGCACCACUUCACGUGGGCGCCGCCCGCCGGAAUUAGGCCGGAGGAUAUGGACAUGAUGGAGCAGCCGGGGACGGUUACUUACAUGGGGACGCCGCUAGCGGUGGUGCCGACGCCGCGGCUACCGGCCGGGGACUUGUUCCGGCGGGUGGCCGCCGGAACUGUGUAAUGUUUUUUCUUGGAAUGGUGGUAAGGGUGUUACAUGGCACUAAGGAAUGAGGCCUUUUUUAUUUUGUUAUAAUAUUGUAAUUUGGCUUUUAGAUAUGUGGUUUUUAGUAUUUUGAAAAUUAUAUUUCAAUAAAAAUAUGUUUAAUAGGGAUAUUAUUUAGAAAAUACUCCCUCCGUCCCAAAACUAUAGUAUAAGUUGGAUUUGACACGGGAUUU